UGAAAGAAGGUCAGGCUGUCGGGGAAGGGCUGGAGGGAAGGAGCGAGCGAGGCAAGGCAGUAGUGAAGGGUCUCCUGAGUGCCGCGCAGCGUUGUAGUGGGUCGGUCCUCCGUACUCGCCUCCUCAGCAGUGCCGUGACUCCCACGAUGCUGGUGGUUCUGGCUGUGCUGUGGGCGGCUGCCCAGCAAGGCUGCGAGGGCACCAUUUUGCCACUACCAUCCUAUGCCUGCCAUCCUGAGAGUUGGUGUGUACCUGCCGAAUACUGUGCCGGUACUGCUUCUGACACUCCCAAUCCCUCUGAUGAGCCUUCCUAUAUUGAUUACAAGUAUGUGUGUGGCGUGACAGUGGACACAGAGGGGUACGUGUGUUGCCGUGACCUGAGUGGCUUGCCAAGACCCUUCACUCCAUCACCAACUCGGUGGUUCUACAGGGAUGAGAAUUCCACUGUGGAACCGUUGCCCAUGAUAGUAAUCCCGUGGCCUGGCUACGACACAGUGGAGGAGGACCCCAAGGAGAGCUUCCCAACAGAGCCUUUCACUGGUGCAACCUAUGCUGCCCCUGAUGACUGCUUCCUUCCCGUCUGUCCCAGAGGAAGUGUGUGCAUACCUUCCUAUGAGUGUCCUUCCCGCAGCAUCCAUUACACUAAGGACAUGGCCAGUACCACUUCCCGCAGCAUCUAUUUCAUUAAGGACAUGCGCGGUACCAGGCCAAAGUUCCUGUGUGGUGUGUCAUUGGGGACGGAGGGUUGGCUGUGCUGCUCCCAUCACCUCAUUAAGAAUGCCUUGAGCCUCUUGCAACAAGCUCCCCGCUAUCCAGUGAUGGACGAUCAUGAGUUCCUGAUAAAGAUUAACUUUGAUGUCCAAAAGUCAAAGCCACACUAUGGUGCAGAUGUUGGCCAAUAUAGUAGGGUGCCUCUUGCUGCUGUACCUCCACAUCCACCCCCACAGCCAUACACUGUCCAUCUGCCUGACUAUUAUGAAGAGGACUUUGCCAAUGAUGUAGAACAGUAUCUACAGGAGAACAGGGAAGAGCAGGAGCCUCACAAACAACGGCACAAGAGAGAUACAAACUCCACCCUUGAGCAGGAGGAUGAAGACGUGAACUAUCACAUUGUUGGGGCAGCAGAUUAUGAGAAUGUCUCACUGGUGAGUGUGGCCCCAGCCGUUGAUUUUGGCGACAUUCCUUCUGCCAGGAGUAGAGUGACAUAUGAUCAGCCUCAGUGUGGCCUGUCCUUAUCUGGCCCCAUUCCUUACUCUAAAGGCAAUCCUGUGCCUGCCCCUGCUGAGGGACAGUACCCAUGGCAUGUGGCAGUGCUAACCACCGGUGAUGAUUACCUUUGUGGUGGUGUCCUCUUUACUGACCGACAUGUCCUCACUGUUGCCCACUGUGUCCAGCCUCGCCAUGCCUCGGAGAUCUUCAUUCGUGUUGGAGACUUUGACCUGUCUUCAGACUCUGAGGCUCACCCGGCGUACAAUGUGCCUGUCUCCCGGAUCACCUGCCACCCUGAUUACAGCCGCACAACACUGCGAGCUGAUGUGUGUGUGGUGCAGCUCCGAGUGGCUGUACUCUCCUUGCCGAAUGUGGCACGGGCCUGUCUCCCUGGAGAGGCUCCUUAUCCUGACCCAAGCCUUGAAUGUUUUGUUCCUAGUUGGGGCUUUGUGUCAUCAGGGGAGGGUGGCAAAGUCCGGUAUGACCACUUCAGUCCAAAGCUGCGGCACCUUCCCUUCCUGGCUAUUGAUCGUGUUGUGUGCCAACGAAAUCUGAGGAAGGUUAAGAAACUUGGAUCCUUCUUCAGAUUGAAUCCUGGUGUACUGUGUUCCAAGGGCACCGCCACGCAAGACACCUGUCAUGGUGAUGGUGGCAGUGGCCUGGUGUGUCAAGCUGUCUCUGGCCAGUAUGUCUUAAAGGGUUUGGUGUCGUGGGAUACUGGCUGUGACCAUGGUAUACCCACAGCUUAUGUAGAUGUUGCCUUCUUCCUGGACUUUAUUUUGGAAACUAUUGGUGCCACCUUGGAGGAUGGCAAACUGCAUCUUGGCACAGCCCAGUCCUCAUACACAACUGGCACCUUCAGCCAAGGAACCAGCUACAGCCAAGGAACAUCGGGUACUUCAACCCAAUCUGGUUCUUCCUACAGUGCAACAUCCCAGUCUGGCUCUUCCCAUGGUUUCUCAUCACUGUCUGGUGGUUACAGUACCACAGCUCAAUCCAGUGGCACUUCUUACAGCGCAUCAUCUCAAACCGAGUCUUCCUCUAAUACUGCAUCACAAUCUAGCAGUGCCUCCUAUGGUGCAUCAUCUCACUCUGGCUCUUCCUACAGUGGUGCAUCUCAAGCUGGCUCCUCUUAUGGUGACAUAUCACAUGGUGGUGGUGCCUCUUCACAUGGAAGUGGUGCCUCAUAUGGUGCAGGUUCACAGUCUGGUGGUUACAGUGCCACAACACAAACUGGUGGUGCUUCUUACAGUACUUCAUCCCAGUCUGGUUCUUCUAAUAGUGCCUCAUCCCAUCCUAGUGGCCAGUUCUCUGGGUACAAGAGUGAGUCAUCAGGGCACAGUGGACAGCAGAUCUACAAGCAAGGUGGAAACCACUACCAACAGGCUAAUGCGGCAGUGCACACUGUUGAUCCCUACUUGACAGGGGUACCCAGCAAACCCUCCACACACGGGAGCUCCUCAGAUCACCAGGGUAUACAUGGCCAGCGUGGUGACCAGGAAUAUUAUGAGCACAAGGAUCGAUAUGACCAGAGUGGCAGUCACAACAAACGUGAUGAUGUACACAGAGAUAGAUAUGAUGCCAGGGAAGAGAAGACCAAAUAUGACCUUGACUACAAACGUGGCGACGGGUAUGAUGGUUACAAGCGUGGCGAUGGGUACAGCGAAGAUUACAAGUAUGGUGACAGGUAUGACAAAGGCUUCAAGCGUGGUGACAAAUAUGAUGAUGACUACAAGCAUGGCAAGGGGUAUGGCAAGGACUACAAGCGUGGUGAUGGUUAUGGCGAGGACAAGCAUGGUGAGGGGUAUGGUGAAGGCUACAAGCAAGGUGAUGCGUAUGGCAAGGAUUAUAAGCAUGGCGACCAAUAUGAUAAAGGCUACAAGCGUGGUGACAGAUAUGAUGAUGGCUACAAGCGUGACGAGGGGUAUGGCGAGGACUACAAGCGUGGUGAUGGUUAUGGUGAGGACAAACAUGGUGAGGGGUAUGGUGAAGGCUACAAGCAAGGUGACGGGUAUGGCAAGGACUACAAGCGCGGUGACAGAUAUGAUGAAGGCUACAAGCGCGGUGACAGAUAUGAUGAAGGCUACAAGCGUGGUGACAGAUAUGAUGAAGGCUACAAGCGUGGUGACAGAUAUGAUGAAGGCUACAAGCGUGGUGACAGGUAUGAUGAUGACUACAAACGUGGCGAGGACUACAAGCGUGGUGAUGGUUAUGGCGAGGACAAGCAUGGCGAGGGGUAUGGUGAAGGCUACAAGCAAGGUGACGAGUAUGGCAAGGACUACAAGCGUGGUGACAGGUAUGAUGAAGGCUACAAGCGUGGUGACAGAUAUGAUGAUGACUACAAACGUGGCGAGGACUACAAGCGUGGUGAUGGUUAUGGUGAGGACAAGCAUGGCGAGGGGUAUGGUGAAGGCUACAAGCAAGGUGACGAGUAUGGCAAGGACUACAAGCGUGGUGACAAAUACAAUGAAGGCUACAAGCGUGGUGACAGGUAUGAUGAAGGCUUCAAGUACGGCGAUAGGGAUGAUGAAGGCUACAAGCAUGGUGAUGGAUAUGGCCAGGACUAUAAGCGUGGCGACGGGUACAGCCAGGAUUACAAGCAUGGCGAUGGGUAUGGCAAGGACAAGCGUGGUGAUGGGUAUAGCAAGGACUACAAGCCAGAUAAGUAUGACCAUGACAACAAGCGCGGUGAAGGGUACAGUGAAAACUACAAGCCGGACAACAAAUAUGAUGAUGGCUACAAGCGAGGUGACAAGCAUGGUGACCGUUAUGACAGUGGCAACAUAAGGGAAAACAAGCUCAGCCAUAGUACUUCCUACCAGCAAUCACACAGCAGUACCUAUGAACACCAGUACAGCUACAAGCACCAAUCCAACUACAAGGAGUACUCGAGUGACCAGGGGAAGUACUACAAGGAUGGAGAGUACUAUGAUCACAGUGAUGGGAAGUAUUACAAAGAUGGACAGUCCUAUGAUAUCGAUUUCAAUAGUGGGAAGUACUAUGUGGAUGGGAGAUACUAUGACUUGGACAGACCUGGAAAGUACUACAAGGAUGGAAGGUACUAUGAUAUUGAUGACAAUGAGGGAAAAUACUAUGAAGAUGGCAAGUACUAUGAUUUCCAGGAUGGUAAAUACUACAAGAAUGGGGAGUAUUAUGAUAUGAACUACUUAGAUGGAAAGUACUACAAAGAUGGAAAGUACUAUGACCUAGAUGAUAAGGGAAGGUACUACAAGGAUGGCAAGUACCACAACAUUGAUUACAACAGUGGGAAGUACUACAAGAAUGGGAGGUACUAUAAUUACAAAGAGGGAAAGUUCUAUAAAGAUGGGAAGUACUAUGAUGUUGAUCACAAUGAGGGAAAGUACUAUAUGGAUGGGAAGUAUUACUAUUAUAGAGAUGGAAAGUACCAUGGAGACAACUAUGGCUAUGACCAAGGGAAGUACCAUGAUGGAGGGUAUGACCAUGAGAAAUACAAUGAAUACAACCAUCACUUGAGAUACUAUGACUACAGCCAUGACAAGUACUAUGAUAUAGAUUACAAUGAUGGAAAGUACUACUAUGAUGGGAAUUACUACCCCAUUAAUGAACAUGGACAGUAUUAUAAAGGUGGAAAGUACUAUGACAUGGACUACAAACAUGGACAGUACUAUAAGGGUAGAAAGUAUUAUGAUUUUGACAAACUUGGGAAGUACUACAAAGACGGCAAUUACUAUGAUGUAGACUACAAGCAGGGAAAGUAUUACUAUGAUGGAAAGUAUUAUGACAUCAGAGAUGGAAAGUAUUACAAGAAUGGAAAGUACUAUGAUAUUGACUAUGAUGAUGGCAAAUACUACUAUGAUGGCAAGUACUACAGUCUGAACAGUAAAGGUCAGUACUACAAAGAUGGGAAGUAUUAUGACAUGGAUUACAGGCACGGCAAGUACUAUAAGGGUGGGAAGUACCACGACCUCAAUGAGCAUGGAAGGUACUACAAGGACGGAAGUUAUUAUGAUAUAGAUUACCACCACGGAAAGUACUAUAGUGAUGGAUACUACCAUGACCUCUAUCCUGAAGGCAAUUAUCAUGACAGUGACUAUGGCUAUGGAAAGUAUGAUCACAAGUACUAUGAUGGUGGUUAUGGCUACGACAAGUACUAUGAUGGUUAUGACCAUCACUUGAGAUACUAUGACUAUGGCCAUGACAAGUACUAUGAUAUUGAUUACAAUGAUGGAAAGUACUACUAUGAUGGGAAUUACUACCCCAUUAAUGAACAUGGACAGUAUUAUAAAGGUGGAAAGUACUAUGACAUGGACUACAAACAUGGACAGUACUAUAAAGGUAGAAAUUAUUAUGAUUUUGACAAACUUGGGAAGUACUACAAAGAUGGUAAUUACUAUGAUGUAGACUACAAGCAGGGAAAGUAUUACUAUGAUGGAAAGUAUUAUGACAUCAGAGAUGGAAGGUAUUUCAAGAAUGGAAAGUACUAUGAUAUUGACUAUGAUGAUGGCAAGUACUACUAUGAUGGCAAGUACUACAGUCUGAACAGUAAAGGUCAGUACUACAAAGAUGGGAAGUAUUAUGACAUGGAUUACAGGCACGGCAAGUACUAUAAGGGUGGGAAGUACCACGACCUCAAUGAGCAUGGAAGGUACUACAGGGAUGGAAGUUAUUAUGAUAUAGACUACCACCAUGGAAAGUACUAUAGUGAUGGAUACUACUAUGACCUCUAUCUGGAAGGCAAUUACCAUGACAGUGGCUAUGGAAAGUAUGAUCACAAGCACUAUGAUGGUGGUCAUGGCCAUGACAAGUACUAUGAUGGUUAUGACCAUCACUUGAGAUACUAUGACUAUGGCCAGGACAAGUAUUAUGAUAUAGAUUACAAUGAUGGAAAGUACUACUAUGAUGGGAAUUACUACCCCAUUAAUGAACAUGGACAGUACUAUAAAGGUGGAAAGUACUAUGACAUGGACUACAAACAUGGACAGUACUAUAAGGGUAGAAAUUAUUAUGAUUUUGACAAACAUGGGAAGUACUACAAAGAUGGUAAUUACUAUGAUGUAGACUACAAGCAGGGAAAGUAUUACUAUGAUGGAAAGUAUUAUGACAUCAGAGAUGGAAGGUAUUACAAGAAUGGAAAGUACUAUGAUAUUGACUAUGAUGAUGGCAAAUACUACUAUGAUGGCAAGUACUACAGUCUGAACAGUAAAGGUCAGUACUACAAAGAUGGGAAGUAUUAUGACAUGGAUUACAGGCACGGCAAGUACUAUAAGGGUGGGAAGUACCACGACCUCAAUGAGCAUGGAAGGUACUACAAGGACGGAAGUUAUUAUGAUAUAGAUUACCACCACGGAAAGUACUAUAGUGAUGGAUACUACUAUGACAUCUAUCCUGUUGAGUACACUGGCCAUGGAGGAAAGUAUUAUGGUGGAAAGUACCAUGACCGCAAGUAUGGCUAUGGGAAGUAUAAUUUUGAAGAUGUCAAGUACUACCAUGAUGGAAAGUACUACUCUUACAGUGAUGGGAAGUACUACAAGGAUGGAAAGUACCAUGAUAUAGAUUACAAUGAUGGGAAAUACUCUAUUGAUGGAAAGUACUAUAGCCUAAAUAGGUAUGGACAGUACUAUUAUGGUGGCAAGUACCAUGAUGUGGACUAUAUCAAUGGGAAGUACUAUAAUAAUGGCAAGUACUAUGAUAUGGAUGAGCAUGGGAGGUAUUACAAAGAUGGAGAGUAUUAUGAUGUAGAUUACAAUAAUGGAAAGCUCUUCAAAGGAGGCAAUUACUAUAGCUACCACAAGAAUGGACAUUUCUAUGACUACAUUGUAGACGGCAAGUACUAUAACUUUAACUAUGGGAAGUACUAUGACCAUGAUAGACCCUUCUACAAGGACAGGGACUAUAAUGAACACUAUUAUGGUGGUGAUAGAUACUAUGAUCCUUAUGGACUGGACUACCAACAAGGUGGAUACUAUGACAAGGACUAUGGUGGUGGCUAUGAUGAUCACUAUGGUUAUGGUAAGUACAAUGAUGACUAUUAUGGUUAUGAUGGGAAAUACUAUGAUGACUAUGGUCAUGAUGGAAAGUACUACAAUGACUAUUAUGGUGACUAUGAUUAUGCACAUGGGGACUAUGAUGGUGGGUACAGCCAUGGCAGCGAGUACACCCACAGUAAGUAUGACUACAGAGAAUCAAAGUACUACAAGCAGGGAGUCAAGUACAGCCACAGCAGUUCGGCACAUGAGGGAAAUUACCACCACAAGAGCAGCGGGUACAGAGACCACCAAUACAGCCCGUACCACCACUUGAACGACUACCACAACCAAGGUCACAAAUCUGACUAUGACCACCACAGCCAGGGCUUUGACCACCACCGUUUCCAGUACGACAAACGAAGCAAACAAGGGGAAGCAGACAGUGAGGGGCAGGAACAACAGGAUUAUGAACAUCUAGCAGCUGAAGAGGCUUCCAUAGGGACUUCUAAAGAUGUUUUGGUGGAUUCUAGUGAUGCCACAGACCAGGAUUUGGGAGAGGUUGCUAGUGAAGAGAAGGGUAAAGAGCCAUUGAGUGUAGUAGCCCCAGGCAGUAUUGUGAGUUACAUAAAAAAGCUGCAGAAUAAGGCAAAGUCUCGGUAGGUAUGGCCUUGUGGUGUGAUUGCCUUGUGUAAUUGUAGCAUUACAUCUGUAAAUAAGUAUAUAGAAAAUAGUGUGAAUGCAAGCAUUCAGUUUUAAUGCUAUGUAAAGAAUUUGAUAGAAACCCAUUUACAUUGUAUCUUUACUGAAGUUCGUAGUAAAACUUGUUAUAACAA